AUGAAAACUCUUCAGAUCCUUUCUGGCAUGGCGAUCCUUACCUUGGUGGCGGCUGCGCCUGCCCCAGUCGGUGUUGGGGAUGUGAAUACUGCAAAGAGGGACGAAGCCGGUGUUGCAGAGACCGCCGUGUAUACCUAUUACGGAGGGAAAGAGAAAGUUAGGAGAAAGAGGGACGAAGCCGAUGUCGCUGAAACUGCCGUAUACACUUACUACGGGGAGCCCGAGCCUGUUUCAAAGGACAAGGUAAAGGUGAAAAGGGGCGAGGCUGGCGUGGCUGAGACCGCCGUCUACACCUAUUACGGAGGAUCUGAGCCCGUUCCAAAUGACAAGGCAAAAAGAGACGAAGCCGACGUCGCUGAAACUGCCGUACACAAUUACUACGGAGGCAAGGAAAAAGUCAGGAACAAGAGAGACGAAGCCGGAGUCGCUGAAACGGCUGUCUACACCUAUUACGGAGAACCUGAGCCUGUUCUAAAGAAGUAG